CAUCUCUAUGAUUUUUCUCCUUCCAAUCUCUUUUUCCUUUGUGUUUUAAUACUCUGAGUCCGUGUGCUGAGACCUGUUCCUAGUGGAUUCAGCAGCUCUGCGACGUCAACAGAGUCGUGGCAGGUGGGAUCGUUCUCCCCCCUUCCUCUCUCUCCCUCUCUCUCCCCCUUUCACUUGUUCCUCAUCUCUGCUGGCUUUUCAUUCAUUCCUGUGUUUGGGCACAGAGGGUGAACAUGGACUCUGUGGGUCUUUUUAUCCUUCUCAUACUUAUGUUUUUCCAGUUUACAGCCGCUCCCGCUGCUGAGGAAAUCACCUGGACCUACACUGGGUUGGUCGGUCAGUCCGAGUGGUCGGCGUAUUUCCCCGAGUGCGGCGGUACGUCCCAGUCCCCGGUCGACGUGGCAACCACCCAGACCAAAUAUGAUCCCGGGCUGACGGCGGUGACCCCGCUGGGCUACAGUCAGCACGGCAACAAGCCCUUCACGCUGUACAACAACGGACACACAGUGGUCAUCGAGCUGCCGGAGUGGAUGGGUCUGGGGGGGCUGCCGUGGCUCUUUACGGCCGUACAGAUGCACCUCCACUGGGGCAGCGGCGGCCCGAGUCACGGGGGCAGCGAACACACCGUCAACGGACUGAGUGCAGACGCAGAGCUCCAUGUGGUUCACUACAACUCUGAACUCUACCCCAACCUGUCGGCCGCCAUGACGCAGAGAGACGGUUUGGCCGUUUUAGGGAUUCUCAUUGUGACAGGUGAGGAGACAAACCAGGCGUUCAACAGCAUCCUCAACUACCUGAGUCGCAUCAGACACGCAGACCAGAAAGUCUUCAUCCCGGCCUUUGACGUCCAGUCGCUGCUUCCUAAAGAUCUGGGACGCUACUACCGAUACAACGGAUCGCUGACGACGCCGCCCUGCUACCAGAGCGUCAUCUGGACUCUGUUCCAUGAAAGGGUUCAAAUCUCAAAGGCACAGCUGCUGAAGCUGGAGACGAUUCUUUACUCGAGUAAAGCAGAAGAGGCCGACAGGAUGCUGCUGCAGGACAACUACCGAACAACACAACCGCUGAACCACAGAGUCGUCUUCACCUCCUUCUCUGCAGAAUCGUGGAAGGAGUUCUCUUCUGGUGAAGUCACAGCCAUAGUGAUUGGAGUGAUGUGUGGCUGUGUAGGUCUGGCAGUCGUCAUUCGCUUCAUCGUGAAGACGAUACGAUUUUUUAAACUCCUCCACCGUGAAACAGUCGCGGUAAACAGCUCUACCUCUAGCUGGGACGUCCUGCCCAGUAACCGAGCAGCUCCGAUGCCAAGGACAAAGGAGCCGGAGAAAGGACAAGAGAAGAAACAAGACAUGGCUCUGAACUCGACCUCAGAGCCGGAAAAGAAAGAAGAACCGUCGCCUCAGACUGAACCUUAACUCUCUGCUGAUCCACAAAAAACAAAUCUGUCAGAAAAAGCAACAAGAGAAACCACAAUUUCUACAGUUCCUUGGUGUAAAUACGUCAUUUUGCUGGUGAACCUGACUGUAAAUACUCUGUAAAUACAUAUUUUAUUGUUUAUCUGAAGCACAAGCACUCUGCACUACAUAACUCGUUUACUGGUGGAUUAAUAAUCACUGAUUUUUUUCCCGUUAAGACGGAAACAAACUAGAGAACCUGGCAUUAAAGCAAGUGUCUGAUUUGUACAUACGGAUGCUGUCCAGACGUUCAAACUCAUCAGGAUGAGUUUUAUUUAUGUACAUUAUUGUGGUUAUUGUGUUGAAAAGAGGAUUUGAGCUGCUACAUAUCAUGUGGGUCGACUGAUCGUUUUGUUCUUGUAUCUAACUCGUCACAUUAAAACACUUGAAUGUCA